ACUUACCAAAGAUUGUUUCUACUUCUUCUUCGCUUCUACUUUUCGAAUUCUUAUUUUUUUGAUUUUUUUUUUUUUUGUGAAAAUGGAGAUUUCUGAGAGGGUGAAAGCUCGAUUGGCCGUUCUCACUGCGCACUUAGCGGUGUCCGAUCCCGUCGGAUCGAGCCAGGUGUUACCGCCGGGGGCGAUCGAGCCAUGGUGCACAUCGAGCGCUGUUACACCGCAUGGAUCCCUAAAAGGAAGCUUGACGAUCGUGGAUGAGCGUACGGGGAAGAAGUAUCAGGUCCCAGUCUCGGAAGAUGGUACCGUUAAAUCCGUUGAUCUCAAGAAGAUAACGACGGGGAAGGAUGACAAGGGGCUUAAGCUAUAUGAUCCAGGUUACUUGAACACGGCUCCUGUUCGAUCUUCGAUCUCUUACAUCGAUGGAGAUGAAGGGAUCCUGCGUUACCGUGGGUAUCCUAUUGAAGAGUUGGCUGAGAGCAGUACUUUCAUUGAGGUUUCUUAUCUCCUCAUGUAUGGGAAUCUACCUUCUCAGAGUCAGCUAGCUGAUUGGGAGUUUACGAUUUCUCAGCAUUCAGCUGUGCCGCAAGGAGUAUUGGAAAUCAUACAGUCCAUGCCUCAUGAUGCACACCCAAUGGGUGUUCUUGUGAGUGCAAUGAGUGCACUUUCCAUCUUCCAUCCCGAUGCCAAUCCUGCUCUCAGCGGCCAGGAUAUUUACAAGUCAAAACAAGUUCGUGAUAAACAGAUUGUUCGUAUUCUUGGAAAGGCUCCUACAAUUGCAGCGGCUGCUUAUCUGAGGAUGGCAGGCAGGCCUCCUGUUCUCCCUUCUGGCAACUUUUCUUAUGCAGAGAAUUUCCUCUAUAUGCUGGAUUCAAUGGGCAAUAGGUCUUACAAGCCUAAUCCUCGUCUGGCUCGAGUGCUUGACAUCCUCUUCAUACUGCAUGCCGAACAUGAAAUGAAUUGCUCUACUGCUGCUGCUCGUCAUCUUGCCUCUAGUGGUGUUGAUGUGUACACCGCUGUUGCUGGAGCUGUUGGAGCUCUGUAUGGUCCACUUCAUGGUGGUGCCAACGAGGCUGUCCUUAAGAUGUUAGCUGAGAUUGGGAGUGUUGAAAAUAUUCCAGAGUUCAUAGAAGGAGUGAAGAACAGAAAGAGGAAGAUGUCAGGUUUUGGACAUCGUGUUUACAAAAACUACGACCCGAGAGCAAAAGUCAUCAAGAAACUGGCGGAUGAAGUAUUCUCCAUUGUUGGAAGGGAUCCUCUAAUCGAGGUAGCAGUUGCUCUAGAGAAGGCAGCACUCUCUGAUGAAUAUUUUGUGAAGAGAAAACUUUACCCAAAUGUUGAUUUUUACUCUGGAUUAAUCUAUAGGGCAAUGGGAUUCCCACCAGAGUUCUUCACAGUCCUAUUUGCAGUCCCGCGUAUGGCUGGAUACUUGUCACACUGGCGUGAGUCGUUGGAUGAUCCUGACACUAAGAUCAUGAGACCCCAACAGGCCUACACUGGGGUAUGGCUAAGGCAUUACGAGCCGGUGAGACAGAGAACGUUGUCAAGUGAUUCAGAUAAGAUGGGACAAGUUUCCAUUUCAAAUGCAUCAAGAAGGCGUUUAUCUGGAUCUGCACUUUAAGUCUCAAACUCUACUACAUACGAUUAAAGACGGAAGACACCUCGGGGUAAACAAGAGGGUCUUCUUAGCAUUCUUUGUUGUUCUCUUUCUCUUACAAACUCAAUAAUCCAAUUCAUAGUCUGCUGCAUUAUUUGUCUGUUAUUCUGUAUUUGAUGUUUUUAAACAUAUUUUCAUACUUCCAUCUAAUAAUAAUGUCUUUACAGUGAAA